UGGUGUUGGUAACUGUUUUGCCUCGCGAAUCUUGCGUCCCGCGAACACAGCACCUGCGACAACAGUCCUUGCUGGCUGGCUUGGAAGACAACCGUGCCGACAGACAUAGCGUGUGUGUGCGUGAGUGCGUGCGUGCGUGAGUGAGUGAAACUGGGUGCAAAGCUGGAGACGAUUUGGGGAUCACCGAUAGAUAGACAACACAGCCAAGACUGUACGGACACGAGUUCACAGACAAGCAUGGCGACGUCGUGGAACUUUGUGAGCCAGCUGCUUGACAAUGCGUCACAGCUGUUCCUUGGUCGCUCCCUGUCAUCCUUUUCGCUGCCAACAUCGCUGCUUGGCGGGUUCAACACAUCAUCCCUCGCCAGCACCGCUGCUGCGCCAACUGUAGCCGCCGCUUCCUCAUACACACUGCCGCAUGGCCCUGGCGAGUGGCCUUCCCCAGUCGGCCUGUCCCUCGGCCUUCUCUCCGUCGCUGUCGGCCAAGUCUUUGUGCUCGUGUGGUUCUACUUCAGGCGAGAGGUGCUCAAGUGCAGCCGGUUCAUCCAGACAGAGAAGAAGGAGAACUACGACUUCUGGGAGGGCGUCACCACGCAUCUGGCGCAGCCGGAAGGGUUUGUGCUCCUCGGCAGCUACCUCUCCCUCACGUGGAUGUUCAAUCUCAUGCCGGCGUCAUAUUACGACAUGUCUGGCUCGGUCAACUGGUACCACGUCCUCGCCCAGCUCGCCAUCGUCGAUGCACUCCAGACUGUCAUGCACUACCUCGAACACAAGCUCUCCCCAGCGGUGUACAAGGCGAGCCACAAGCCGCACCACAAGUGGCUCAACCCACGGCUCUUUGAUGCCUUCAACGGCUCUCUGGGCGACACCAUCUGCAUGAUUCUCAUCCCGCUCUUCAUCACCGCCAACAUCGUCCACUGCAAUGUUUGGUCGUACAUGGCCUUUGGCACGAUUUACGCCAACUACCUCACACUCAUCCACUCGGAGUUCCCUAACCCGUGGGACCACUAUGUCUCCUAUCUCGGCAUUGGCACUGCUGCUGACCACCACGUGCACCACCGGCUGUUCAAGUUCAACUAUGGGCACCUCUUCAUGUGGUGGGACCGACUGCUGGGCACAUACAAGUCCCCGCACGACGUCAAGCAGUUUGACCACGCCGUGCUUUGAGUUGCCACCAGCAGCAGGUGGUGCUUUUGCUUUUGCUUUUGCUUUUGCUUUGCUUUGUGUGUGUGUGUGUGUGUGUGUGUGUGUGUGU